AUGAGAGGAUGUGUAUUUGUUGAUAAAAUGUUGUUGCAAAAUGAUGCUAAUUCUUCUCUUCCUCCUGUACGUGUAUCUGAGGACGCCUCGCGUUUUCCGUAUAGUUUUAAAGGAGGUGCUACGUCUGCUAUACGUGUAGCACGAGUCUUGUUGGAAACUGUAAAUUCAAAUCAUUCGGACGUGAGAUGGUUUGUCUUCGGUGACGAUGAUACUGUGUUCUUCACAGAGAAUUUAGUGAAAACACUUUCUAAGUAUGAUCAUAAUCUGCCACAUUAUGUCGGGUCUCUUUCGGAGACGUACACUCAAAACUCCGAUAUCCUGUCUUCACUUGAAAUGGGUUAUGGUGGAUGUGGUUUCGCUUUGAGUUAUCCACUUGCAAAAGUUCUGGCCAAGGUAUUGGAUUCAUGUCUGUACCGGUAUCCUCAUCUUUAUGGAAGUGAUGCUAGGAUUUAUUCUUGCUUGGCGGAGCUCGGGGUUACUUUGACUCAUGAAUUAGGAUUCCAUCAGAUUGAUAUGCGAGGGGAUUUGUUUGGAUUAUUGGCCUCGCAUCCGCUAGCACCUUUGAUAUCUCUUCAUCACUUGGAUAACAUGAACCCAAUAUUUCCACACAAGACAAGACAUCAAGCGAUCGGACAGCUACUGAAAGCUGCAACAUUUGAUCCUGACAGAAUUGUGCAACAAACUAUAUGCUAUGACAAAAAGUUUUCAAGAACAAUAUCAAUCUCAUGGGGUCAUGCUGUUCAGGUUUUCGAAGGCGAUGUUCUUGUUCGAGAUCUUAUCCAAGUUCGAAAAACAUUUAAGUCAUGGGGGAAAAAGAAUGCGUAUUCAGAUUUAUACAUGUUUAAUACUCGAGAAGUGGAUAGUGAUCCAUGCAAAAGGCCAACCAUUUUCUUUUUAGAUGGUCUGUCAUCAACUUUCAAUACAGAUGAUGCUGUUGUCGUUAAGAGUAUGUACAAGAGGAAUGGUUUUGAUAAUUGCUUGGAAAAGAAGAAUAUAACAAAUAAAUUGGAAGAAAUCAGAGUGUUCUCACAUAAGCUAGAUCUCAAUAUCAAACAGCUGCAAGCACGGAGACGACAAUGCUGCGACGUUUUACCGUCUUCGUCAGUUGAUAAAGCUCUCAACAUUGAUAUUAGGGAAUGGGGAGAAGAUGAACUAGUUUAUAUGCACUCAUAA